UUGAAGCGUAUGCGUUUUGGACUCAGUGUUUGGACUCCGAUUUGAUGAACUGUUUUCAUUAGCUGUAUUUUGUAGCAGAUGGGCUCGAUUCUAUGCACUUGAUUGUUUAGCUAACGUUAUUCAUUUGUGAAACUCAUUUCUCCACUCAAAAAUGGGUAUUCUUUUGGCUAAACUGUGGAGUUUGUUUUCCAACGAAGAGCAUAAGGUUGUAAUUGUGGGUCUGGACAAUGCAGGAAAAACAACUAUUCUGUACCAAUUCUUAAUGGAUGAAGUUGUACACACAUCACCAACCAUUGGAAGUAAUGUUGAAGAAGUUGUGUGGAAAAAUGUGCAUUUUAUAAUGUGGGACUUAGGAGGCCAAGACUCAUUAAGAGCAGCAUGGAAUACUUAUUACAGUAAUACAGAGUUCCUUAUAGUGGUUGUUGACAGCACAGAUAGGGAAAGAUUAUCAAUUACAAAAGAAGAAGUCUGGCGAAUGUUAGCACAUGAAGAUUUAACCAAGUCAGCUGUUUUAAUAUUUGCAAACAAACAAGAUGUUAAAGGUUGCAUGACUCCUGCUGAAAUAUCAGAGCAACUAAAUUUAACCUCUCUAAAGAAACAUAGAUGGCAUAUACAAGCUUGUUGUGCAUUAUCUGGAGAAGGACUAUAUCAAGGACUAGAAUGGAUCUAUUCAAACCUGAAGAAUCGUAAAUGAUAUCUACCAUCCUUUAGUGCCUACGAGCUUUUCCAGUCAUUUACUUUCUGUGAGAUUUCUGAGGUUACAUAUGAUCUGAGAAAUUCUUCCAGACAAAAUAAUUGAAAUUAAAAGUAUCCAUCGUACCAAGCUAUUGAAACGGACUUGUAUAUAAAAGACUUCGAAUUGACAUUUGUAAUUGUUUAUUCAACUCCGAUAUUGCAGAGUGUUCUUUAAAAAGAAAUUAUCAUUUAAUGACUCAAAGAGAAGAUUGACAUUAUGACUUCCAAUUUUCAUUUAAUGGAAAGAUUUUACUGCCAUAUGUUUGAAAUACAGUAAACUUCCGGUUAUCCGCUAAAUAGGGUCGCACGGUUACCACGGAUAAUCCAAAUAAGAGGUAAAAAACCUGUACUACUGUAUACACAAUAGCUAAAAAAUAUGAAUAACACUCACACAUACAUUUAAAUCAUAGCUAAAAACAUUACUACAUUGCAUCUACUAACAUUGAAUGUAAAAAAUAAAUGUAAAAGGUAAAAACAAACAAUAACACAACCAUAAGUUUAAAAAACACUUAAUGACAGUUUAAGAAAAAAAAUGUAAAACGACCUGCGGGUAAUCAGGAUACUGUAUUUGUAGAUAUUUAAGACCUUGUGGAUUCAGUUUCAACUUAAAUCAUUGCAUAUAUAUUAUCACUAGUUUCGUUUUUCACCAUAAGGAGCUCGGAUGGAAUAUUUUUUUAAAGAAAUUAUGCAAGUUAAAUGACUUAAAUGAAUAUCUUAUAUUAUGUACAUAUUUUAAUCUAGAUUUUUGUAACAUAAUGUGCGAUUGAAUUUGAAUGCAAAAAUCAUAUUGAGAAGCAAUUUUUUUAUUUAAUAAAGUUCUGUGAUAUAAUACUUGUAAAAUCUUCAUCUCUUGUAAAUAUGUAAGAGUUCUGGUUUUGUGACAUUGCCUUCACAGUGUGCAAAAAAUCCGAUUUAAGUUUUUUAUUAAUACAAAUAUUUUUGCAUUCAGAGAGAGAGGCAUUUAAGUAGAGUUUGCUGCAUCAUCUUUGUUAUUUUGAAUCAUGGGUUCCAAAUCUUGAUUGCAAAAAGUUAUGGCUUUUUACUUUUGGUGACAUUUGUAAGUAAUAGAUAAAUUUUAUACCUGUGACUAAUAAAAUCAUGAAUAUUGGACACAAUUUAAAACUUACAGAAAAUUGUUUUAAACAAUCAGUGGCAUGUAAAUACUAGAUGUGAUUCAAUGUAAUAAAAAUAAGGGACAAGUGUUAACUACUUCUUUCGCAACAUGUUUGGUGUUUGUAACAAGAUUCAUGAUGUUAGGGUUAAAAAAAAAAAAAAAAACUUUCUAAAUAUUUGGAAAAAAAAAAGUUUCAAUAUUAAAAGUAUUUUUAAAAUGCUCAUCUUUUUUGCGAAAUAUAUUUUUUUUAAUUUUAAUUCAUUUCAUUUGCCAUUAGAACUUUUAUCCAGUGUGAGUUUUUGGCAUUCAAAAUUCUGGUUUUGCCUUGUUCAUUUCUCUUAAUUUACUCUUUUGGUCUGAGCAGAAGAGAUAAAUGAAGAAGAACUCUUCAACUCAGAAUUAUUUUUACUGUGCAGAAAUGGUCAUUUUGAGUGUAUUAGUAUAAAAAACUAAAUCAAGGACCAGGUUCCAUUUUUACAGAUCUUUCCCCUCUCCCUCUCAUUUUUAAAGCUACCCCCCCCCCCCCCCCCCCCCUUCUUUGAGAUUUAAUGUAGCACACAUUUUGGUUUAAGAGUUGUUAUGGAGAAGUUUAUUAUUUAGCUUCCAUGACAGCCGUGCCUCAUUUUUUUUGAAAUUGUUCUGAUGGCUGGGCAGUGUUGCCAGAUGGUCAAAUCCAGAUUUCCCCACUUCUCUUCCAAAUUUUCCCCAAAAAGCGAGGUUUUCUAUCAAAAUUCCCCAAGUUCAAAAAUAAUUUUUCCAGUAAUAUUUUCAUAAAAUGAAUAGACUUCCUAUGAUAUUUUUUUCUCUUGAAAUUAUUUUCCCCCAAAUAACCAAAUUUUCUUCCGAAAUUCCCCAACAUCAAGAAAGGACUUUUACUCACAUUGGAUUUUAUUGGAUGGCCCGGACCAACCAAUACAUAAGAAAAUAUCCAAAUAUUUUUUUCUACUUGACUUUACUUUACUACUCUGCUUCUGUGCAUUUACGCUAUGAGUUUGCACAUAUUUAUCAAAGAACAUUCUUCAUCACAGUCACUUAUUUUUAUCAUUUUCGCGUAUCAGCUAGUUACUCACGCAGAAUAUUAAUGCGAAUUCCGUAACAUAAUGUUCCACAUAAUGUGAAAUGCAAAUUCCAUAAACCUGAGCAAAGCUAAACUAACGCUGUUUGAUACUAACAAUGUAACUAUCAGAUGUAAAUACGCAAAUUUAAAUACAAAAAAAAAAACUUUUUUCCUGAGGAUAUUUUUUUUCUUGUUUUUACCAAGAAAAAAAAGAAAAAUUCCCCAAAGAAUUCCCCUCAAAAUUCAUUUCCCCAGAGAGCACAAGAUUUCACCAAAAUGGGAACAUUCCCGCCCAAUCUGGCAACACUGGAGCUGAGGGUUAAAGGGUGUAUACUGAAUGCAAGCUUUAUCGGUAAACCACACCCAUUUGUAUAUAAAAAUAUUAAUUUUGCAAAGCCAGGGGGGAGGGCAAUUAACCACUCCAUAACCGCUUAAACAGCGGGCCUGGUGGCAGCCUGUUUUGAUUUUAAAAUUACAUAUAAAACCUUCUUGAAAGGAGUUUCAUUUAAAAAAAUAAUUUUCUUUAAUUAAUCCUCAUAAUCACUUUAAUAGAAAUACUUCUAUCUUAGCAUAUUUCAUAAAUGUUUGAUUUUGUAUCACACAUACUGCUAAUUUUCCAUACAGAGUACAAGAUAUAAAUGAAUUUUGAUGUAAUAACAUAAAAUAUAUAUUGUGCUGGAAGCAUAAUAUUUUAUUUAAUUCAACUAUACAGUGAAAUCGGCACUGGUUAAAUGUUCCUGCUGAGUACGUUUUUUUCCCUUAGUUUUCUCUUUUUUAGCAAUAUUGCUAAGAUAGAUAAUGUCAUAUUUUUUAUUUUUCCGGAAAAAAGAUUGCAUAUGUAUUUUUUGGUUCGGAAAAAGGAAGAUUUUGAAGUGAGAGUUCAUAUUUUUGACUAUUGUAAAGAAGGAAUGUAAUAAAGGUUCUCUUUAUAGAACUAAGCAAUCCAAUGCAUGUAUGCUGCAUUUUGAACAAUGAUGACAAAUUAUUUCAAAGUGAUUCUGCAAGUUGCUAAAUAAAAUCAUUAUUCAUAAUUGCAAAAUACAGUCAACUCCAAUAAUCCACAGAAUUGACUGCUUGCUACUGCCGAUAAUCCAUUAAGUAAUGAAAAUAACGAGCAAAUUAACUCCAAUUUGCUGUUGAAUACUUUAUGCACACCAGUUAUGCAGCAGGCGGGAGGGGAGAGAGGAGUGAAAGACACCCCCUGGGACUUCUAUUUUAACAUUAUUGCCAAUCCAAAAAAAAAAAAAAUGAUAGGACUGUUAUAAUCAAAAAAAUUCCUACAGAUGGUAAUUCUGUCUGUGCUAGUGUUUUUAGUUACUACUACACCAUAGGAAUGAUAUUUUUUUCGCUGCUUACAAAUUUAUUGUUUGGUAGCAUUAUUUUAAACCUUUUAACUGGGAGUAAACUUUUAUUCAACUUGUUUCACAAUGAGAAGAAAUGACAAAAAAUUUCAUUGCAGUAGUAGUGUUGCUGUAUGACAAAAUAUUAUCACCCCCCUUUAAGCUAUUGAUGAAAUAAUUCAUCAUACCCAGUCAACGGGUAAAAUUACUUUUGCUUUUUCUUUUUAGUUGGCUAACUUGAUAAAUGUGUCCUAAUAAAAUGCUUUAUAAUUUUUUUUUCAUUUAUUUUUUUCGAUUUUAUGUUUUGACUAAAGUAUUUAAAUGUUGGGGUGAAAUUUUACAGAAUUCGAAACUUUAUAGAUAAAUGGAAGUUUCUCAAAUUUAAUGUAGAAAAAAGUGUUCUUCAAAAUUCUCUCGGUAUCGAAAUAUGAGGUGAAUGAUGUUUCAUGAGCUCUUGUUUAAAGUUGUCAUCUGAUUGGUUUCAAAUGGUAAUGUAUAUCGAAAGUUUAAAACUGCUUUAUCACAAUGUCUCUAAGAUUCAUGUGUGUGCAAAUUGCAUUUAUAAAUUAUUAUUUGAAAAAUUAAUGAUUUUGGGGACGUUGUAAGUGAUUGUCUUUUUACUGAACAUAGCAAAUAGUUGUAGCAAAAGCUGCAAAUGGUUGAGAAAAUUGCGCAGUUAGUUGUUGGCACUUCCAUUUAGCCUGAAAAAAAUAGAAGAAAAAAACUUUCAUUUAAAACAAAAACAAUGCCAAUAUUUAUUUCCCCAAGAGUAAAUGAUUUUCAAUUUUUUAAAUUUCAUCAUUACAAAAAUAUAUGAUAUUCAUCAGUUUGUAAUGAAUGCGGAAAUGUUUGUUUGCGGAGAAAUAAUUAUGUUGUAUUUAUACAUUUUACCUCACAAUUUAAUUAGUUUCUUAAUAAAAGAAAAUUUUCAUCUCAUGGAAUUGAAGUCUUCACAGUAGAGCUAGUUGAAAUUACACUUCAUUUUCAUGGUUUUUCUUGUAUAUAAAUUACACCCUUUCAUUUGACGAAAGAAAAAAAAAAUUUUAUAUUUUUGCUCAAAUGAAUUUUAAAAUGUUUGCCAAUGUUGUGUAUAUUUUAUUCCUUUCUUUUAUAAAUGUAUUUAUUUUAAAGUAGAAAAUAAAAUCAU